GUUAACUACCUCUUUAAUUCAAACCCAACUUUUUCAACCGCGAAAUUCAUCUAUUAUCUUUGCCUCUCCUCACACAGAAUCCCACUCAACCCAAAUAUCCAACGAGACUCGGUUAUCAUCUAAUUAUUACUUAAGACGCGACUAGAUUUACUUCACACUCCGGAUUCAUCAUGGCGGAAGGAGGUGGUAUUGAUCGUCGCGCCGACGAGAAGAUGGAAUUUUCCACUUCCAAAGAGGUCACGGUACACCCGACCUUUGAGUCUAUGUCAUUGAAGGAAAACCUUCUUCGUGGUAUCUACGCAUAUGGUUACGAAUCCCCCUCUGCCGUCCAAUCUCGAGCUAUCGUCCAGAUCUGCAAAGGACGUGAUACCAUCGCCCAGGCACAAUCUGGUACUGGAAAAACUGCCACAUUUUCUAUUUCUAUGCUUCAGGUCAUCGAUACCGCGAUUCGCGAGACCCAAGCCCUCGUCCUUUCACCGACCCGCGAACUCGCUACUCAGAUCCAGUCCGUCGUCAUGGCACUGGGUGACUAUAUGAAUGUCCAAUGCCAUGCUUGUAUCGGCGGGACCAACGUUGGAGAGGAUAUUCGAAAACUCGACUAUGGUCAGCAUAUUGUCUCCGGCACCCCUGGUCGUGUGGCCGACAUGAUUCGCCGCCGUCACCUGCGAACCCGCCAAAUCAAGAUGCUUGUACUCGACGAGGCCGAUGAAUUACUCAACCAAGGUUUCCGAGAGCAGAUCUACGAUGUUUAUCGAUACCUACCCCCGGCAACUCAGGUAGUCGUUGUCUCAGCUACCCUCCCUUACGAUGUCCUAGACAUGACGACUAAGUUUAUGACCGACCCUGUUCGUAUUCUUGUUAAGCGUGACGAGUUGACGCUUGAAGGCCUCAAGCAGUACUUUAUCGCUGUCGAGAAAGAAGACUGGAAGUUCGAUACGCUCUGCGAUCUUUACGAUACUCUUACCAUUACUCAAGCAGUUAUCUUCUGUAAUACCCGGCGAAAGGUGGAUUGGCUGACUGACAAGAUGCGCGAAGCCAACUUUACCGUCAGCAGCAUGCAUGGAGACAUGCCCCAGAAGGAACGAGACAGUAUUAUGCAAGACUUCAGACAAGGCAAUAGCAGAGUUUUGAUAUCGACAGAUGUUUGGGCCCGUGGUAUCGACGUCCAACAAGUCAGUUUGGUAAUUAACUACGAUUUGCCCAGCAACCGAGAGAACUACAUCCACCGUAUUGGUCGAAGCGGCCGUUUUGGCAGGAAGGGUGUCGCAAUCAACUUCGUCACCAGCGAAGACGUUCGAAUCUUAAGAGAUAUCGAAUUGUACUACUCGACCCAAAUUGAUGAGAUGCCAAUGAACGUGGCGGAUCUCAUUACUUAAUUGCUCCCCAAUGAGCGAUUCCGCUAGGAACUGAUGCUAUCGUACAGCAGAUUAAUCAAACGAGGUUAAAAGAGUGUUUUGGUCGUGGGAGGAAAUGGGCAUGUUGUCUAGAACGCCAUAUCUCAAUUUUCGCACUACUCGCUGAAUUCGAUGCUAUUUACAGAUCUCGAGCUACCAUUCCCGUCGCAGGACCUUCUAGUUUUCUGCGUAUAUGUGCGUAUGAACACUUUGAAUUCCGAGGUUUGAGGGCUCAAUAGCCAAAUUGACUGAGCCUCUGAGAAAACAUCGUACAAUAGCAUAGUACGAGCCGAGACGAUGCUAACGUUAGCUACUAACCCAUGGUCAGCUAUACCGACCUUGGUUGUCAUAAUGUGGUGAAGAUUGUAGUUUAUAUGCUAUUGCCCGAUUAUUCUCUUAGUCGUAUACGGUUGCCCGACUAAUCGACAUUCCUAACAAGGUUUAACUCAUGGGCAAUGAGACUAACGAUUCUACUCGCAUCUAAUUCCCUAAGUUCAAGAGUCUUAGGAUAACAUUCUGAGUUCUUUUCACAUCAAGCACGUACACAAUA